AAACUACAUUUCCCACACUGAGGGACUCCCGCUCGCUUGUUUGACGUCACGGACAGCUCCCCGGAUGCGGCUAUGACUGAAAAUACAAGGCAAAAAAAGAACGAAAGCUAAGUGGCGGUGCUGCAGCCCUAGUGGUCGUUGGCAGGAUGCAGACCAUUAAGUGUGUGGUUGUGGGUGACGGGGCAGUUGGUAAAACCUGCUUACUCAUCUCUUACACAACCAAUGCCUUCCCAGAAGAAUACAUUCCAACAGUGUUUGACAAUUACAGCGCUCAGAUGAGCGUAGACGGUCGCACCGUCAGCCUCAACCUAUGGGACACGGCGGGGCAGGAGGAGUACGACCGGCUGCGCACUCUCUCCUAUCCCCAGACCAACGUUUUUAUCAUUUGCUUCUCCAUUAGCAGCCCAUCCUCCCACGCUAAUGUCCGGCACAAGUGGCACCCUGAGGUGUGCCACCACUGCCCCAAUGUGCCUAUACUGCUGGUGGGCACAAAGAAAGACCUUAGAAGUGAUACGGAGACGGUUAAGAAGCUAAAGGAACAGAGUCUGGCCCCUACCACCCACCAGCAGGGCAAUGCCCUAGCCAAGCAGAUCGGAGCUGUAAAGUACAUGGAGUGCUCUGCAUUGCAGCAGGAUGGCGUCAGGGAGGUGUUUGCCGAAGCCGUCAGGGCCGUUUUGUAUCCUGCCACGAAAAAGAAUCCCAAGAAGUGUGUGCUCUUGUAAGAACUGCUUCCCAGAUGUGGACUAUAGAGAAGAAGGAUGAAGAUCCACUCAUGUAGAGGAGGGCUGAAGAGAAAAGGUUAAGCAUUGGCUUGGCCCCAUACCACUGUUAGUUUUUAGCUCCUUUCAACCCUACACGUCUGCUGCAGGAUCUUCACCGCGUUGCCAUCGUCGUCAAAACAACUUGCACGAGGACAACUAACCAUAUCUCUUCGAUUUUUCCGCAUUUUUAACAUUUGAUAUUUACACAGUUCCAAUUUUACACCUGCUCUUCAUUCAUAGCUCCUCUGCUUUGCCUUAAUAAAUGGUGUUCGCUGUUGCGACAAAGCCAUAACAUCCAGAACAGCCGACCCAGCUAGCUUCCCCGUCUGACUGGAGAGAGGAGAUCUACCUUUGUUCAGGUGGAGAGCCAAUGACUACCUCAUAUUCUCACCAAGAUUGCAUCUCAUGACUCUCAAGCCAAAUUUACACCAGGAUGCCUCAGCAUGCCAAGUUAAACAUUGCCAAGUAGGUUUGGAAGAUGGUAAUAAUUCCAAGGACGUUUGGUCCUGUGACAACGUGAUGGCUCCAGGUUUUGAUUCCCUUGCAGCGGUUCCAACGGUGGUGUGUUCAGUGAUGUCUAAAAAGCCCCACUCAUUUGCCCUCUUUGGAGGUUUUUGCGGCCUUCCCUAAUUGUUUAAUAGUUCUAAAGUGGCACAGGAUUCCUCACACCCAUAGUGUAGUGACACCAGACUGUAACACAACUCCUAGUGUCAUCCUCUGGACUCAAACCGAGUGCCAUUAGUAACACACCUAAAAAUUUCUCUUUGAGGUAAAGUAAAGGAGGCUAUUUAGUCUAAAAGUGAAUUUACUCUGUAAAUGAUUUUUUUUAAUCCUGAAAUGUUUUAACUUACACUUGUAAUGGCCAAAGUUGAAUAUAUUUUUUGUAAUAGUUUAUCUGUAAAAUGUAUGUGUGCUGUCAUUGAUUAUCACCUAUGAUGAACUAGAACUUCAUGUUCCUAUUGUCGGUUGUCUUAAGGUCCCCACAGACCUCUGCGGAAUGGAUUUGUAGUGCCUAAUACAAUAGUAUGUUUUCAAUAUGUGUUUUUUUUUUUUGCUUUACUUUUCCGGUUAGCUGACUGUUGCUUCAAGUUUAGAACGCAGCGUCAAAGCAGCAUUUUUAAGCACAAACUCGUGUAGAAUUUGUUAGAAGCCUCUCAUUGGUCUGGUGGAUUAUCGAAACCAAAGACCCACAAGUGCUCCUGUGUCAAACCCAAAGGUUUUCACCACUGUGCUUUAAGCACCGCGAAGAAUUUUGAAUUCAGAUCCAACCAAUCUAUUUUUGUAAUUUCUUAUUUUGACACAUUUCCUUCCAGUAAAUGUUCUCAGCUCAAAGCCUUUUGUGUGUGUGUGUGUAUGAAGCGCAGGUGCUAAACUGACAUCUUGCCUGGCAAGUCUGUGUGCAUUUGCAAAGCUCGCAGGCCCACGGCUCUUCACAGAUUGUGGUUUACAUGUCAUGCUUUGCAUUUUUGCAGCAAAGGCAAAGCACAAGUGCAACUCGCAGCAAAGCAAAAGGCCAGUGUUGGUUGUGCCUCGUCAUUUCAGUUGUUUUUUGUGUGUAAUGAACAGUUUCUUGCGCCUGACUACAGUUGCCGGCAAUAAUGACAGCAGUCUGUCCUGGUAAUUUCUGCUGCACUCCCGUGUGUGGCGACUAAACCUGUGUUGUAGAAGCGCAGCAGAAGCACAAAGGUUGUGUCUCAUAAAUAAGCGGCGUAGCGAGGGGGGGAGGAGCUGCCAAAAGAUGAGAGAUUUUCCGGAUGGGUGCACAGAGGGUCGAAUGUAUGUGCAUGACAUGGAUAAAGUCCUGAAGUUCUCUUUCUUUUCUUUUCUUUUUCUGCCGUGUUCUGGUUUCACUCCCACAGUGCUGUUGAAGGGGGAACACACACCUGUGGGCUCUCAGCCUCCUGGAGCUGUAUGCUACCAUGUGCAUGGUACUACGCUUUUACACUGGGAACUUGAUAUGUAGAAAUCUGUAAUUGUUUUAUAAAUAACAAAAAGCCUAUUUGUAUAAAUGAACUAACAGAUGAUUUUAAAUUAUACCAAAUAAAAUGGUUCAUUUGACUA